AUGGGAAGCUCUGUUAGUACUGUUCCAACCUCAACUCCUACUCGCAUGAAUUCAAAUUAUCGUCGUCGUACCCAAUCUGAUUAUUUACCAUCAGAAUAUUCACAUUCAUUUAUUAGAGAUAUAAGCACUAUUUCCACCACAAUGAAAAGAGAAUGUCAAAUUUGUUUUGAUUCUCUCCCUAAAUCUUUUUUUCUUUUAAUCACUAAAGGUUGUAAUCAUGAACUUAAUAUUUGUAAAUUAUGCGUUAGUAAGCAUAUUUCAACUCAAUUAGGUAGUAAAGGUGACGUGGAAAUUAAUUGUCCAUCCGAUGGAUGUUAUCAAAAAUUGCAACAUGAUGAUGUAAAAAGACUCGCUAGUACGGAAGUCUUCGAAAGAUUUGAUCUUUUAUCACUUCGCCUUGCUUUAAGCAGGAUGCCAGAAUUUAGAUGGUGUAAAAAUUCUGGAUGUGGUUCCGGUCAGAUUCACUUUGACGGAGAUGAUGCUCCUAUAAUGACUUGCGAAGCUUGUGGUGAAAAAUCCUGUUAUACUCAUGAUGUUCCUUGGCAUAAAAAUUUUACUUGUGAUGAGUAUGAUGUUAACAGAAGGGGUGAUGAUGAGGCCACUCAAGAUUUACUCAAUAGAGAAACAAAACCAUGUCCUAAAUGUGGUGUAAGAAUCAUUAAAAAUGGAGGCUGUAAUCACAUGACAUGUAAAGUCAAGACUUGUAAUUUUGAAUUUUGUUGGUUAUGUUUAGCGGAUUAUAAUAAAAUCAGAAGAAAUGGAAAUUCGUCUCAUAAGAGAUCUUGUCAAUUGUAUGCGUGA